AUGGAAUACAGAAGGACGCGCAAAGGUCCGCUGGAUGGAGAUCGACAGGGUGCGGCUAGGGCUGGUUCGCGCAUGCGAACCGCCAGCCAAACGCAAGGUGCUGCACGACCAUCCCACAGCCUUUUGCAUCCGUCAUCCCCACCAGCUGGCUUUGUGUCGAUAAGAUUUUCACGAGCCCAGCAAUCGGCACCCGUCACUGGUGGAGUACGCUGCAUGCGUUGGACAAUCCAGAUUAGUAACGCAUUGCGGGCGUAUUUUAGGACGAAAGGGGGAGAAAUUGGUAGUUUUGUGUAUCGGGCUGGGAUGCAUCGACUUUUCGCUCAGCUGGAGCCAUCUAUAACGGACAUCGAGCAAAAUCUGAUAGACCGAGUUCGGUAUAUCUUGCACUCAAAUAUAUUUGAUGUUGCCGAACUCGAACGGCUACGAAGUGAGGCUGUUCCCUCAUCAGAUGAAAAUGCUACGGCUGAGGAUGCGGCGCAACAACUUGCAGAGCAGCCGGAAAACGUGGAUGCUACGUGA